AUGGCGCCACAAUUCUCUACCGGACUGAAUAUGCCGAACAAGAAGCCAGGUCCGAAACCAGGAAAUCCUCUUGGACAAAAACGCAAGAACAUUUUCGAUGACGACUCCGACGACGAGGGCAAACAGAAUGACAAUGGCGAAGUCGAAUUAUCCACCCUCGGUGACUUAGACGCCCCAGCUCCAGCCCCCAAGCCAUCAAAAGCAGGACCACCGCUCAAACGAAAGAUGCAACUGGGCGCUGGGAAACCGAGUUCCAAACCGUUGAACAAGAACUCUAUUUUCGCCAAUGACGAGGAGGAGGAUGAACAGAAGGAUAAAGAGCGUCAGAGUGGAGUGCAGUUCGGAUUAAAUCAAUCCAAAAAUACAGAUGCCCCGAAGGACUUCACCAACCUCUCUGCGCUACAUAGCAGCAGAAAACACGCCAAAGAGGCUGAAGAACUGGACCCGUCAAUUUACUCCUACGAUGCUGUUUAUGAUAGUUUACACGCCAAACCUGAUAAGUCGGCAACUACGAACAAAAGCGAUGUGCCACAAUAUAUGGAGAACUUGCUACGCAGCGCCGAAAUUCGCAAACGAGAUCAGCUCAGAGCCCGCGAUCGACAAUUGGCACGGGAACGAGAAGCGGAGGGCGACGAGUUUGCAGACAAACAAAGCUUCGUGACGAGCGCCUACAAGGCUCAGCAGAUCGAGAUGCGAAAGAUAGAAGAAGAGGAAGCUCAGCGGGAGAAAGAAGAGGAAGAGCGACGGAAGAAGAAUGGCGGCUCUGGAAUGGUUGGCUUCUACCGCGACGUGUUAUCACGGGAUGAGGCCAAGCACAACGAGGUUGUCAAAGCUGCAGAAGAAGCAGCCCGACGGGUCAAAGAUGGCGAGGUCCUGGAAGACACUGCAGAGUCAACAGAAAAGUCAGAAGCUCAAAAGGCAGCCGAUCUCAAUGCUCAUGGUGCUCGUAUUACGGUCAACGACGAGGGUCAAGUCGUCGACAAGCGCCAACUGCUAUCUGCUGGGUUGAACGUGGCACCAAAGCCAAAGUCAGAACCUGCUGCCAAGCCAACCUCUCGCGGGCCGGUGGGACGAACUGGACCUCCCGCAGGCUACCAGGCAGGUCGUGGCGCCCAGCGUGCCCGCCAGACCGAGAUGGUCGCACAGCAGUUGGAGGAACGGGCUCGACAGGAAGAGGAAGCGGAGGCGGCGAGACAAAAGGAAAUUGCAGAGAAGAACCGCAGUCGCAAGACGGAAGGGGAUGUGUCCAGUGCCAAAGAGCGGUAUCUGGCUCGGAAAAGAGAGCGGGAGGAGGCUGCUGCGAAAGAAAAGACCAAGGCCAAAUGA